UUUAUUAUUAUUAUUAUUAUUUAAAAGCUGGUCGGCUCGCUAGCUGACCGCUGCGCACCAGGCAUGGACGACAAGUCUUUCACCAAGGAGCUGGACGGAUGGAUCGAGCAGCUGAACGAGUGCAAACAGCUCACAGAGAAUCAGGUCAAAGUCCUCUGCGAAAAGGCCAAGGAGAUCUUGACAAAGGAGUCAAACGUGCAGGAGGUGAGAUGCCCAGUGACGGUCUGCGGAGACGUUCAUGGGCAGUUCCAUGACCUGAUGGAGCUGUUUAAGAUUGGGGGGAGGUCUCCAGACACAAACUACCUCUUCAUGGGAGACUACGUUGACAGAGGCUACUACUCUGUGGAGACAGUUACACUUCUGGUUUCUCUUAAGGUACGGUUCCGUGAGCGAAUCACAAUCCUGCGAGGAAACCACGAAAGCAGACAGAUCACGCAAGUUUACGGCUUUUACGAUGAGUGCUUAAGAAAAUAUGGAAAUGCAAAUGUUUGGAAGUACUUUACAGAUCUGUUCGACUAUCUGCCGCUCACCGCACUGGUAGACAACCAGAUAUUCUGCCUCCAUGGAGGAUUAUCCCCCUCAAUAGACACACUGGAACACAUCAGAGCGCUGGAUCGCUUGCAAGAGGUUCCUCAUGAGGGUCCGAUGUGUGACUUGUUAUGGUCGGACCCAGAUGACCGCGGGGGCUGGGGCAUAUCGCCCCGCGGAGCCGGGUACACUUUCGGGCAGGACAUUUCAGAAACGUUCAAUCAUGCAAACGGCCUGACUUUGGUUUCGAGAGCCCACCAACUGGUGAUGGAGGGUUAUAACUGGUGCCACGACCGCAACGUAGUCACAAUCUUCAGUGCACCAAACUAUUGCUAUCGCUGCGGGAACCAGGCAGCGAUCAUGGAGCUUGAUGACACAUUGAAAUACUCCUUCUUACAGUUUGACCCGGCGCCACGCAGAGGAGAGCCGCACGUGACACGGCGCACGCCGGACUACUUCCUGUGAGGCUCCAGGGUCGGAGGGGCAACGGGCUGCAGAGGGAGAAGACGCUUUCAAAACCACCAAAAUCGUGUGCCAUAAUUCCAACAAAACGGAACCCGCCGUAUCUAACCAAACACUACCAUCCUCUCAACUUUUUCCUCUCUGUGCAUGAUGUUUUAAUUGCUAGAAAUGAUUGCAACCAUGAACUUUACUGUCAUAAUACCUGCUGGUUCAUCAGGAGAAAUGAAUGAAAA